UCAACUGUGUCUGCCGAUUGUUCAGUAUACUGUUAUUACCUGCUAUAACAACUCAGUAAUACAGAUAACUUAUCCGUCUCGAGGCUGAAAACAUAACAACUGAUAUCAGAGGAAGAGAGUGUUGCCAACAUGCACGUCAUUAAGCGAGAUGGACGCCAGGAGGAGAUUACUUUCGAUAAAAUCACUUCUCGCAUCCAGAAGCUUUGCUAUGGACUCAACUCUGAAUUUGUGGAUGCUGCUCAGAUUACGAUGAAGGUGAUCCAGGGUCUGUACAGUGGAGUCACCACUGUGGAGCUGGACACUCUGGCAGCAGAGACGGCCGCCACCCUCACCACCAAACAUCCUGACUACGCACUGCUGGCUGCACGGAUUGCAGUGUCCAACCUUCACAGAGAGACCAAGAAGGUAUUCAGUGAUGUGAUGGAGGACCUGUACAACUACGUGAACCCGUUAAAUAAAUGCCACUCUCCCAUGAUCUCCAAGGAGACACUCGACCUUGUCCUUGAAAAUAAGGGACGACUCAACUCAGCCAUCAUUUUCGACAGAGACUUCUCCUACAACUUCUUCGGCUUUAAGACGCUCGAGCGGUCGUAUUUGUUGAGGAUAAACGGCAAAGUUGCUGAGAGGCCCCAGCACAUGCUAAUGAGAGUGGCUGUCGGGAUUCAUAAAGGAGACGUUGAUGCAGCCAUUGAGACCUACAACCUGCUGUCAGAGAAGUGGUUCACCCACGCCUCCCCGACUCUCUUCAACGCUGGCACCAACAGGCCACAGCUGUCCAGUUGUUUCUUGCUAAGCAUGAAGGAUGACAGCAUCGAAGGUAUUUACGACACACUGAAGCAGUGUGCCCUCAUCUCCAAAUCCGCUGGAGGAAUUGGACUGGCAGUGAGCUGCAUCAGAGCAACAGGCAGCUAUAUCGCUGGGACUAAUGGAAAUUCCAAUGGGCUGGUGCCGAUGCUUCGGGUCUACAACAACACAGCCCGUUAUGUAGACCAGGGAGGCAACAAGAGACCCGGGGCCUUCGCUGUGUACCUGGAGCCAUGGCAUUCCGAUGUGUUUGACUUCUUAGAGCUAAAGAAGAACACGGGCAAAGAGGAGCAGAGGGCCAGAGACUUGUUCUUCGGCAUGUGGAUCCCAGACCUAUUUAUGAAGCGAGUGGAAGCCAAUCAGGACUGGUCUCUGAUGUGUCCCGGUGAAUGUCCCGGGUUAGAGGAGUGCUGGGGAGAGGAGUUUGAGGAGCUUUACACUCGUUAUGAGAAGGAGGGCCGGGCUAAGCGUGUGGUGAAGGCUCAGCAGGUUUGGCACGCCAUCAUCGAGUCUCAGACAGAAACCGGUACACCAUACAUGCUCUACAAAGACGCCUGCAACCGGAAGAGCAACCAGCAGAAUCUGGGCACCAUCAAAUCCAGCAACCUGUGCACAGAGAUCCUGGAGUACACAAGCAAAGAUGAGGUUGCCGUGUGUAACCUGGCAUCCAUUGCCCUCAACAUGUACGUCACCCCAGAGAAGACCUUGGACUUCAAAAAGCUUGCAUCUGUCACCAAAGUCAUCGUCAAGAACCUGAACAAGAUUAUUGACAUCAACUACUACCCAGUGAUCGAGGCGGAAAGGUCCAACAAGCGACACAGACCGAUUGGAAUCGGUGUGCAGGGUCUGGCUGAUGCCUUCAUUCUUAUGCGUUAUCCAUUUGAAAGCCCUGAGGCCCAGCUGCUCAACAUUCACAUCUUUGAGACCAUCUACUACUCUGCCCUGGAGGCCAGCUGUGAGCUGGCGGCAGAGCUCGGCCCUUAUGAAACCUACGCCGGAUCUCCUGUCAGCAAGGGGAUCCUUCAGUAUGACAUGUGGAAUAAAACACCAACAGAUCUCUGCGACUGGAAAGCAUUGAAGGCCAAAAUCGCCAAGCACGGUGUGAGGAACAGUCUUCUCAUGGCUCCCAUGCCCACAGCCUCCACCGCCCAGAUCCUUGGCAACAACGAGUCUAUUGAGGCGUACACCAGCAACAUCUACACCCGCAGGGUGCUCUCCGGAGAGUUCCAGAUUGUGAACCCUCACCUGCUGAAGGACCUCACAGAGAGAGGACUGUGGAGCGACAAGAUGAAGAACCAGCUGAUUGCUCAGAACGGGUCUAUCCAGGGUAUUGACAAAAUCCCUGCUGAUCUGAAGCAGCUGUAUAAAACAGUGUGGGAAAUCUCCCAGAAGACAGUCAUCAAGAUGGCAGCAGAUAGAGGGGCUUACAUCGAUCAGAGCCAGUCGCUGAACAUCCAUAUCGCCGAGCCAAACUACGGCAAACUGACCAGCAUGCACUUCUAUGGAUGGCAGUUGGGCCUGAAAACUGGCAUGUACUACCUGCGGACAAAGCCUGCCGCCAACCCCAUCCAGUUCACCCUGAACAAGGAGAAGCUGAAGGAGGCCCAGGCCAGCAGGAGCGACGAAGGAGACACCAAAGAGAAAAACCUCGCAGCCAUGGAGUGCUCCUUAGCCAACAAAGAUGAGUGUUUGAUGUGUGGCUCCUGAAAACACACUGCCCCUCAUCUUACUCCCAGUUGAUAAUCUAUUUUUGGAAACACCCUGCUCUUUUUUUGUAUAUGAUGUUGGACCAAGGGUUUUGCAUAUGCAGCUGGUUUCAGGUCACAGAUCUUUAUAUUUAAUAUUUUCAUCAUGAAUUGUGUUGUAUGCCUGUUUGUAUAGAAUUAAGAAGGUACAAUGAAUUAAUACAUGCUCUGAGUGAUUUGUUGUUAUUGUUUUUAUAUGUAGGUCAUUUUUAAUGAAGAUGUUUGUGUUUUAGAUGUGUGGGAAUUAAACGUUUUAUUCAGUGGUCUUUAUUUUAGUUUCAUUAUUUAUUACGCUGUUGUAAAAAUGUUUAGCUUUGGUUGUGCAUUUGUUUUAAUUGUUCAUAUUAAGACCUAAAUGUAUUGAGGCAUGAGCAAUGGCUUUCUUUUACAUUUUCAAAAGCAAAUCAUUUUUUACUCACUGCAUGCUGUUGUAAAGUCGUUUUGUUAAUUAGGAAAUGAAAGUCUUUUCAAUCACCAGGGACGCUCUAACAGGAUGGUGAUUAUGAUUGGCUGGUGAAUGGUGACACAUCAUGCCUGUGCAUGUAAAACAUGAAAUUAUUUUUUUCGUGUAAAAUG